AUGGAAGAUCCUGACGCUCAAGACCAGAGCGUAACAAUACCACCUGUUACAGACAUUACAACGACAACAACGAAGAUGCUGUUAGAGUCGUCCUCAAGCCCGGAGGUGUCGAACGAAGUGAAGCACAUUGAAGAUAGCACCCUCCACGAUGCACCUGUCCCUAUCCCUUCAGACUCGUCAUUCCCAGAAGGAGGCGCAAAGGCAUGGACCGUCGCGACCGGAAACGCAGUGACAUUGCUCUGCACAUGGGGAUACCUCUACGCCUUUGGCGUAUACCAGACCUACUACGAAACCCACCAACUACGAGACCAUUCGCCGUCGACAAUCGCUUGGAUCGGUUCGCUCCAAUUCUUCUUCAUGUGCCAAGGCACAUUGGGAGGGGGACCGAUUUUCGAUCGCUUCGGCGGAGCGACGAUCCUGCCGGUAACGGUUGUGUAUGUGUUUGCGAUUAUGAUGACGAGUCUGUGCAAGACGCUGUGGCAGUUCAUUUUGGCGCAAGGUCUGCUCCAGGGCGUAUCGCUGGGCUUGAUGCUUGGCCUGUCAAGCGCUGCGACUCCGCAGUAUUUUCGAAAGAGAAGGGGCGCCGCAAUGGGACUAGCCGUCACCGGCUCGAGUCUCGGCGGAGUCAUCUUCCCAGCAGCCCUGGUCGCAAUGCUCCAGCACCUCUCCUUCGGCUGGUCGGUCAGAGUAUGCGGCUUCAUCAUCCUCGGAUUAAUGCUGCCUGCGAGCUUCGUCAUACGUCCGCGACUGCCGUCAAGAAAGACCCAAUUCUUCCUGUUCGCGGCUUUCAAGGACCGGCAGUACCAAAUGUUGCUGUGUGCGAUCUUUUGCCACUUCAUGGCGACGUUUACACCGGUCUUUUAUCUGUCCACUUUUGCUGAGCGGCAUGGUAUGGACCCCCAGUUGGCGAAUUAUCUUAUUGCGAUAUUGAACGCCGCCAGCUGGCCAGGAAGGUUCUUUCCAGGCAUCAUAGGCGAUAAGGUACACAUCCUACGCAGUGAAGGCAUUAUCCUCGGCCUGUAUGGCUGA